AGGCGGCCGCGCCGCUCUCCGCUCUCCGCUCCGCCUUCUGUGAAUCACCCUCUGUCAGAAAUGGCGGCGUCCGUGUGCCGAGUCGGGAGCACCGUGGGUCGUGCCCUCGCCAAAAACCGCAGCCCCAUCCUGCUGUCUCUGAGGCGUGGACAGGCCUCAGUCAGCUAUGCGCAGAGUUUGUUGGGAGCCCCUGAAACUCGUGUGACUCCUCUUGAAAAUGGUUUGAGAGUCGCAUCUGAGGAUACUGGACAUGCCACGUGCACUGUUGGUCUGUGGAUCAGUGCUGGCAGUCGCUAUGAGAGCGAGAAGAAUAAUGGGGCAGGCUUUUUCCUGGAGCACAUGGCGUUCAAGGGAACCAAAAAGCACCCUCAAACCGCCCUGGAGCAGCAGGUAGAGUCUAUGGGUGCUCACUUGAGUGCCUACACCUCCAGGGAGCACACUGCAUACUACAUGAAGACUCUGUCCAAAGACUUGCCAAAAGCGGUGGAGCUGCUGUCGGAGGUGGUGCAGAGCUGCUCCCUGAAUGAGGCCGACAUCGAGCAGCAGAGGGGCGUGGUGCUGCGUGAGCUGGAGGAAGUGGAGGGCAACCUGCAGGAAGUGUGCCUGGAUCUGCUGCACGCCACGGCCUAUCAGGGCACUCCUCUGGGUCACAGCGUGCUGGGCCCAUCCAGCAGCGCCAGGAAUCUGACCCGGCAGGACCUGGUGGACUACAUCAACAGUCACUAUAAAGCCCCUCGCAUGGUUCUGGCUGCUGCAGGAGGUGUGAGCCACGAUGAGCUGGUUGGUUUGGCGCAAACUCACUUCAGCGGCGUCUCGUUUGAGUAUGAAGGCGAUGCCGUCCCUGUGCUGUCACCCUGCCGGUUUACGGGAAGUGAGAUCCGUAUGCGUGACGACGGUUUGCCUCUGGCACACGUGGCCAUCGCUGUGGAGGGGGCCAGUGCUGCCAGCCCAGACAUUGUGCCCCUCAUGGUAGCCAACGCUGUCGUCGGCAGCUACGACCUCACUUAUGGUGGUGGAAAGCACCUGAGCAGCCGUCUGGCUCGCCUUGCCGUGGAGGACAACCUGUGCCACAGCUUCCAGGCCUUCCACUCCUCCUACAGCGACACGGGCCUGCUGGGGAUCCACUUCGUGGCUGAUAAGGACCACAUCGACGACAUGAUGCACUGGUCCCAGAACGCCUGGAUGAACCUGUGCACCACGGUGACGGAGAGCGACGUAGCCAGAGGCAGGAACGCUCUGAAGGCCAGUCUGGUGGGACAGCUCAACGGAACGACGCCAAUCUGCGACGACAUCGGCAGACACGUCCUGAACUACGGGCGGCGUAUUCCUCUGGCGGAGUGGGACGCUCGCAUCGACGCUGUGACUCCCAGGAUAGUGCGUGACGUCUGCUCCAAAUACAUCUAUGAUAAGUGUCCAGCCGUAGCAGCUGUCGGCCCCAUCGAGCAGCUGCCUGACUACAACAGAAUGCGCAGCGCCAUGUACUGGCUCAGGUUUUAGAAGUGGCCGCUGCACCGCCCCGUGUGUUCCACGCGUCGCUGCUCCUCUUCAUCCUCAACCGCACUUCACUGUCCUCACUGGUAGCUGGAUCGCCCGGCGAUCGCCCACACGGCGGCCGCCAUCCAGUCUCCCUCCUCUCCUCCUCUUAUCCCUCCCUCUGAUUCCUCUUAGUGAGCCGUGAGGGUCGUGGCCAGUCGACACACACGGAGUCUUGGUUGUACUGCUAGAAGGUUCUCGUCACUGGAGAGUGAGAGCAGCGAGGAGAGAGACCGGAUUCAAAUAGUAGACCAGUUUUAUGUGAUCUGACAGGAAAUGUGCUGAAAGUAACUUGUAUGGAGCAAGAAUAUAUUUAUGAUUUCUGUAACAUUUGUUUCUGUCGACUCUUGUACAUAACAGAAGCUCUCAUUCCGACAAAAAUAAAAAAAAUAUAUGAAACUGUAAAA